GAAAAGUUGAAAUCAAAUGAUAUAAUUUUUGGUUUUCAUCGGUGUAGCUGAAAUGUCAGUAUUGUAUUGUACUAUUGUCAGCGUCAAUGUCACUGUCAAACUAAAAUAUUAUUUUGUUGUUGUGUCCGUGAUUCCGUAUUGAAUUUUUUAAUUUCAAAACAUAUUUUAUGGAAUCACAAUGACUGUGAAUUUGUAAUUAUUAUAAAUUGUGUCGUUAUUAUAGACUGAAUUUAGUAAAUAGCCAUUAUGUGGGUUAAACCUCAAGAAAUUUUCAUAAAAACUGCGCUUUGGGAUUCCGACGAAACGACUUUGUACUUUGUCCUACAGAGAAGGAAAGGGCAUGGGAAAUCGAAAGGAUUCUCCUCGCUUCUUGUGGGUACUUUAGACAGCGUUCGAGAUACAAAACCAGCGCCCUAUAGAAUUUUACAUCAGACACCAAACUCAGAAGUGUAUUAUGUAAUAGCUACAGCACUGACUGAACAAGAAAUAAGACAAGAUUGGCAAUGGUUAUUUGACAAUGUAUGCCCGACUCUACAUUCAUUUGAUACAGAAGAAGAAGUGACUGAGUUUGUCUGUUGCAAAAUUAAUUCUAUUCUUGCAACGGAGCAAGAGAUUUUCACUGAAGAUGAAGACUCGGUCACAUACAAGAAUGUGGACUACGAGUUUCACGAAAGGUUCCGUAUGCCCAAAGAUGAGAAACUGGUCUGCUAUUACUCUUGUAGUUACUGGAAGGGAAAGAUGCCCCGACAAGGUUGGAUGUACCUCUCAGUGCACUACAUGUGCUUCUACUCCUACAUAUUUGGACGAAAGACCUCCAUAAAGAUCCGUUGGGCAGACGUCACAGAAUUAGCCAAAACGAACAGUCUCCUAUUCCCGGAUUCCAUAAAAGUGGUGACCAGGGACGGGGAACAUUACUUCACACUAUUUCUGAGGAAAAAUGAAACAUUUGCUUUGAUGCAGCAGUUGGCCAAUAUAGCUAUGAAACAACUUAUCGACGACAAGUCAGGAUCCUUCAACAUUGACAAGGAUCUUCUGACGAAACUCAGCAAAAACGUACCGAAGAAACCAUCGUUCUUGAAAAGAGAUUUAGAUGCAAGAAAGCAGUCUAACCUCUUCACUUUAAGGUUCAGAUUGCCACAAAACGAAAAAUUGGACGGCACGGAAGAAUGUACCUUAUGGACUCCUUAUAAUAAGAGACACAAUUGGGGAAGGUUGUACCUAUCGCAGAACUUCAUUUGUUUUGAAAGUCGGGUCCGCAAUCUAGUCCGUCUUAAUAUACCUCUCCGCAAUGUCCAUCAAGUCGAGCGGGCGGACUCUGGUGGAACUGGCAGCUCCUCGGGAGACUCCGGGAGCAUCCUCAUCACCACGGCACACCACACCAGCUUCUUAUUCGGAAAUAUCUCAGACAGGGACUUCUUAGUCCAUAAGAUAUCCGAACUCCUUGCUAAACUGCCAAAUGAUGUGUACAGGGAGAAGGCGACCAAGGUGCUGGCGCAGUCUGAAGUCGAAGGUUGGACUCCGCAGCCGCCUCUGAUGACACUCUUCAGGACUCACCAAACGUCACCUAUAAAGCAAAUUCAGCAAAAGAAGGAAAAACAAUGGGAGGAUCACAUGGCAGAAGUAGGCCGCGGCGUCAGUAUGUACCAAACAACGGAAGGGAGUGAACUAGUCGUGAAUGGCAUCCCAGAGCUCUUAAGAGGAGAACUAUGGAGCGUCUUCUCAGGCUCCAUUCUCCAGAAGGCUCAGAACAAAGGAUUGUAUGAACGACUAGUGAACAAAGCUCUUUCUACAAAGACCCAAGCUAAUGAUGAAAUUGAAAGGGACUUGCAUCGGUCUUUGCCUGAACACAGAGCCUUCCAAAAUGAUGUUGGAAUCUCAGCACUACGCCGUGUCUUAUGCGCUUACGCGUUAAAAAACCCACAAAUAGGGUACUGUCAAGCGAUGAACAUUGUUGCUUCCGUACUACUAAUAUACUGCCCCGAAGAACAGGCGUUUUGGCUUCUAGCGACCAUCUGUGAAACCUUAUUACCCGAUUACUACAAUACUAGGGUAGUUGGUGCUUUGGUUGAUCAAGGUGUAUUAGAAGAAUUAACAGAGGUUCAUCUACCAGAGCUUCAUGCAAAACUCGAUGAGUUGGGCAUGAUGAAGAUGAUCUCCUUAUCUUGGUUCCUGACCCUCUUCAUCAGUGUGAUGCCCUACGAGUGCGCUGUCAACGUCAUGGAUUGCUUCUUCUAUGAUGGUGCUAAAGUUAUUUUCCAGGUAACCCUCACGAUACUAGACAUAAACCGCGAAAAGCUCCUGAAGUGUACUGAAGACGGUCAGGCCAUGCAGGUCCUGAACGAUUACCUCCAAGGCAUCUACAAUGAGGAAGCCAUGGCGCUAUCAACGGAACCACGAACUGCUGAAAAGACUAUAAAAAUCCAAGAGCUGAUAUACCAGUCGUACAGGUCCUACGGCAGUAGUGUUUCUAACGAGAAUAUCGAGCACUUGCGACUGAAGCAUCGUUUGAAGGUCGUCAGACAACUGGAGGACAGUCUCGAGAAGAACACGCUUCGAGCUCUGCUGCAGGACAAGUUGCUCGAGUUGAAUGAGUUGCAGGAAUUACUAAGCGCUAUCCGCGAAGAGUUACUCUGGGCCAAACGCGUACCUUGCGAGCGGUUGGAAGCUCCCUACGAGUCCUACCGACUAGAUUACACCCAGUUCAAGACUUUAUUCUGUGCACUGUCGCCCUGGGCCAAAGGGGACUUUGCUGAGGCUAUCACCGCGAGAAUGUUUAAGUUGAUGGACUACGACGACGACGGGAUAGUAAGCGCGCGCGGUCUGAGCGUGGCGCUAGGGCUGUCGGUCCGCGCGGAGGCGGCGCGGCGCCUGCGCGCGCUGUACGCCGCGCACGCGCCGCCCCUACUGCCGCGCCGGGACCUCAUGCCCACGCACUUCACCGACACGGGAGAGGAACUCGCUGCCGACGCUAUAUCGUUCUUUGAUAGUGGUGAUGACGAGGUGAUACCUGAACCAGGUCCACUGCAGCGCUCCAUAAGCGAAGUAUGUGGCGAUGGCACUCCGAUGGACAAGAGUGACUCGGAAACCAGCCAAAUAGGCCCAACAUACUUCACCGUUGAGAGCGUCCGCGCCUGUGGACUGGCGGGGCUGGCCAGCGGGGCCAGUACCCCGGGCGCGGGGGGUGCGGGGGCCGCGGGGGGUGCGGGGGGCGGCGCUCCCCCCCUCCCCCGCGACCACUUCCUGCAGCUGCUGGCAGUGCUACACGACCUCACGCAGUCGCGGCCACAGGUCUACGAGGCCGUCGUACUCGCUGGUACUCUCCUCCUACAACUGGGUGAGCUGAAUCACCGUCCGCAACUGGACCGCGAGAUGUCACAAGACAGCUUGUUCCUGGCUGCGGCCGCUAAGCAACCAGAAGUGCAGUUGGAUCCCAACGGCAACACAACGGAACCGGAGCCAGAAAUCAGAAAGCCAUCCCCGUCUCCUUCCAAAGAGACCGAACCAGAAGGAGUCUGGUCUAUCACAUUAGAACAGUUCCUAGCCACCAUGCUAUCUCAACCAGCUCUUGAGGAGUUCUUCAAUGAGAAGGUGUCUAUAUUACCAGAGUUGGAACUGCUUAGGCAAAGGGAUAGACUGCAGUCGAUGUCAUAGCUGAUGGAAAUAGCCGGGUUGCUUGGCAUAAGUCUUUAGUUCCAGGCACCCCUGCUUUAAAAGGUAUAUCGUAUGAUCAUGGGAUUUAUAUUUAUGUAUGUGUUAAAUAAUGCCUGUUGUUUUAUAGUCAUUUGAAAUUGGGAAAUACCUAUGAUGAGUCUUGAAUUAUAAUAUAAUAAUCAUUUAUUUAAGACAUCAACUCCGCUGUGUUUGUAACAGAAUAAAUAAAAUGAAACAUCUUAACAAAAAUGUAUGUUCAUAACCACACUAAACAGACAAAAACAAUAUAGAAAACAAAUACACACAAAGACAAUAGACAUACAAUAUGUUAGAACUAAACAGGCAUACUAAAGUACUCUCAGUGGUAUUUGCACUGAUAUGCCUGUCGCAGCAACUCCUAACUAUAAGACAAUCAUGUCUCUGCGCUAUCAUCGCCUCGACAGUGUUGGAACUAGCGCGUACUCUGUGUGGUGCGCCGGCUCGAUAAUUAUACCUACCAUACACACGCCAGCUUAUCAAGUUACCUCAAACUGGAGAAUAUCUUAGAUUUUGAACUUUGUUACAGAAUUAUAAAGUUGGAAAUGGAUUAGCAAAGCAAAUAACUGUUUGUAGUAGCUUGAUGUACUGGCUGUUCAUAAAGUCAAAGCAUUCAUUUCAACUAAAUCAUAAAUAGGUACUUUUUUCGACAACAAAUAAAGAAAUAAAUAUAAUGGUUUGUAUAAUGCAGACAUAUUUGGUAUAUUUUUUAAAUAUAAAGACACACGUCCCUAAAAACAAACCAGCAGGGUUUAUCUAUAUUAGAAUGUUUUUGGUAAAUACAAAUGUUAUUUAUAUAUUUUUUAAAUGAAGCAGGCAUUGUUUAACGUUGCAUAGAGUUCAACGAAAAAAGUUCAGUCAUAUUGAAAAAACCGAUAUGGAAAAUCAGUAAAGUCAAAAUUAUUUUCAGUAAUAUUCGGUGGUACUUAAGAAAGAGUUACGAUUUUGUCUAAAUAGCAACUUUACAAAUUUUAAUCAUAACUAAUCAGUGCCUUUAGCCAAACGCCAUUUUAGCGCUUGUCUUCAGAGAGAGUAGAAAACUAAAUGUAUGGGGAUGACAC